UCUUAUUCCUGUAGAUGCCCUGCGUAUAGAAGAUGGAGACGAGGCCGGACUCUAAACGGACAAAUCGAUCCCGCAGAUCUCAUCGGAAAUCCCGCAACGGAUGUGGAAAUUGUAAGCGGCGCAGAAUCAAAUGCGAUGAAGUCCAGCCUGCAUGCGGGCAGUGCAUCAGCCACGAUGUGAAUUGCGACUUCACUGUCCAGCAGCCUGCUCCAUCAGACACAGUAUCCACAGGGUCAACAGGAACUCCCGGUUCGCGUUCAACACUAGUGGAACGCGCAACGCCCUUGCCUUAUAAUGGUUUAACCUUUAUAUCAUCCUCCAAAACAGGGUUCAAAUUGCCGAAAAGAAGGUAUCAGCGGCGACAAGCUACCGCUAGGGAGACAGCCAACGCCAAGUCAGCGUUAGCUAAGGCCCUCCCUACGCCUACUAUUCCUCAGUUACAGCUCAACACCACUGACCUAGAGCUAUUCCAUCAUUAUCUGUCGGUCACCUCAGCAACCUUAGCCGAUGAUGACGAGGGAAUGCAUGUACUCCAGGUAGCUCUCCCACAAUUAGGGUUUCGUUUCCAUUAUAUCUUACAUCUGCUUCUGGCUUUUGCGGGCUACCAUAUGGCUCGGUUGCCGAGGAUGGGUGUGUCACAUGGGCGGAGCUUGGAAGGCGACCGUCAUUAUAACAUUGCACUCACCCAAGUGAGCUCCUCAAUAGCUGAACUGAAAGAAAGUACAUGCCACGUGGUGUAUGGCAGUUCGGUAUUGAUAUGCUUAUGCUCCUUAGCAAAGGGACCCCGAGAUGGGGAAUACCUUGCCUUUAGUGAUUCCGACCGCGCAGAAUGGCUGAUGCUACUACGGGGAAUCCGAUCUAUAACUGAAGCGUCGCGAGACGUUUUCUACAUAGAUCCAGUCUCCAGCCCGCAGUCGACCACGGAAGAGAGAUCACUCCAUGGCAAAACGCGUCUGUGUCACGAAACCCUCGGUCCCGAAUGGAAAGAGCGCCUCAAAGAGUGUGAGCAAUUGAUUGAGAUGGAAUGCACUGCUAGUGGCGGUGUCACGCAUGCUACCUAUAAACACGUACUCACUUGUCUGACAAACACCUUCCAUCAUGUUUACGGAAAGACAGAUAUUGGCAGGGGCCAGCGAUGCGCCAGAACAUUCCAGUGGCUUUACCAGCUCCCCGAUGAGUUCGUGUUUGAUCUUCAACAACGAAAAUGGCCUGCAUUGCUUCUGCUAUCCUACUUCCUAGUUUUGCUGCAACAGUUGAAUUCUUAUUGGUUUGUGAAGGGUUGGCCAGAACAUGUGAUGGGCGAAAUCUCCCGGUCCUUCAACGAGCAACAACGAACCUGGUUGAAGUGGCCGACUGACCAGAUUGGAUGGUAUCAAGCCCAGUACGGUGGGUGAUGCUGAGUAUGUGAUCAUGACGAUUUGUCCUAUUGACAACCAUGCCUGAUUUGCUUAAAUUGUUCAAAUCGUUUGCGCUGCGGGACUGGUUGCGCGAGUCGGCUGUUCGGACAAGUCAAGCAACUCAAGUAAGAUAAUUCCUGCUUUCUUGUCAGGCUGAGCUGCAGCGCAAACGAACGAUGGAAGAGCGCACAUUGCAAUCAGCUAUAGCUCAUGCCGUGAUUGAAUGUCAGAAGGCUGAACGAGCGACAGCGCUCUCGAAAACUGGAGGAGGGACGGAGCUCCAGGCAGAGAGAACUCGAUAGGCCGGACAAUUCACUACCAAGGAAGUCCACGAACGAGACAAGGAGGGUGAGGAUGCCCAGAUGGGAAGCAAAAAAGACGUGAGAAUGGGAUCAACGAAGCGAUCACCGACGCUCAACAACAACAACACCACCAUCAUAUUCAGACGGAGAAAAGAGCGGUCACCAAAUCGAAACCGGUAAGAAAAGCGGGAUCAAUUGUUUUGCUAAAGAUCUCCUACUGUUGUUCCACGACGGUCUAAGAUAGAAUGGGCAGCGGUUGUACAGUUACUACAAUCUGGCCGUACCAUAAAGCCAUC